CACGAGCCCGUGUACGCCACCGACAUCGGUAAUUUAUCGGCACCGACAACGGUAAUUUUUGGCGCGGUCCGGUUAUUCCAAGUCGAAUCAAAUCGUGUUUCCCAACAAACUCAUUCAGGAUUUGACUUUGGAUCCCGAUUAUUUGGCCUAAUAUUGUAACGAUCGUUCUUGUUCAAGUAUUAUGUUCUGCCUAAUCAACUCUGGUGGAUAUCUUGACCAUAGUCGCUGGGGCCAUCAAAGCGGUCGCUCGGUGGGCAGGCCAUCGGCGCUCAGGAUCAUCAAUCAAACCGGACGGACGCAUCCCCUUCGCAACUCUCGCCGCUUCGACGGCCGCGGCGGAGUGCCAGAAUUGAGAAGAGCGCCGCUUCCGAUGAGCGCUCUGGAUAUCCUGCGUGAGACCGUGCGGAUCCUCCGCGCCGAUCCGUCCCCCUUCAUGACGACCCUCGCCCUCCUCAUCUGCCCCGUCUCGGCCGCCCUCCUCUCAGACGUCCUCGCCCCGCAUGCCGCCACCGAAGCCCUCUCCCGCCGCCUCGCCCGCCUAGCCAUCGCCAGCGGCCUCCCGCCCCUCCACCCCCUCCUCCAGCUCUGCCGCCGCCUCGCCGCCUCCAUUCUAUCUGCCGCCGCCUGCUUCCCGCUCCUCGCCACUGCCCUCCUCCUCGCCCGCUCCUCCAUUUCCUACUCCGUCGCCUGCUCCUACGCCGGCAAGAAUUCGCUCCACUCCGAGUUCUUCGCGGUCGUGCGGCGGAUCUGGCCCCGCCUCCUCUCCACCUACAUCUGUGUCUGCGCAUCCAUCUCUGCUUGCCUCUCCAUCUUCAUCGCCCUCAUUCUGCUCGUCUGCAAUGUGUUCGCCGUAAUGGGCUACCCGCCCGAAAUCAUCGUCUACCCCGCUUUCAUUACUGUGCUCAUCUUCUCGAUGGUUUACGCUCACACCAUCAUUCUCUGCAACCUAGCCGGCGUGAUCUCCGUCUUGGAAGAGGUCUCUGGGCUGCAAGCACUGUUCAGAUCGGUGCAGGUGAUCAGGGGGCAGACGCAGGCCGGACUGCUCAUUUUCCUUGGUUCCACGAUUGGGAUGGCUCUUGUAGAAGGGCUAUUCGAGCACAGAGUGAAAACUCUGAGCUACGGCGAUGGUUCAUCACGGCUAUGGGAGGGACCGCUUCUGGUGUUCUUGUAUUCGUUUGUUGUAUUAGUCGAUUCCAUGAUGAGCGCGGUCUUCUAUUUCACCUGUAGAUCCUCUAUCAUCGAAGAAACCGGUGAGGAUGCCCAGUUGCUUGAACCAAAGGGAAAUGUCUCUGCCAAAGCAAUGGAUUCUUAGCGAACAAAACUUCUUCACGUGAUAUUCUUAUCUGAGCCAUUUCCAUCAGAGUAUACACACACAGGGAAAGCUAGAUGUUUGCUCCGAUCAGUUCUAUGUUCACUGAUUUUUCUGGCGAAUUAGAGAAUCUCCAGAAUGUUUGCUGGUUGAAUUGCAACAACCGGCGCGGAGCUCACAGUUUGGCGAGAGAAUGCUGCAACCUUGGCACUCCGCACAACUGUGCCUCCCUAAUUUUACCAGAUACAUAACCAAGUGAGAUCCAUUCGAGUAUCAUUAUUUAGCUUUUUACUCAAGAAUAAGUGUUUCUUAAUUUGAAUACCUGCUGUAUCACUCUUUCUAGGUGAUUGAUUAUCAUUUAGUUGUAAUUUCAAUCCUGAUUUGGAUACAUAGGAAUCUCUUAUCAUACUUUUCUUCCACAGUACAGGAUUUUGCAAUUAG